GGCGGAGCCUGUCCAUAUUACGGUGGAGAAACGCAGUCUUUGGUGCAGCGGACGCAGUGGAGCUUCACGGAAUCCUUGCGUGUUUUUUAAAGGUGGGAAAUGGCCUCUCACCAGAAGUACAGGUUUAUUCGCCAGUACGCCACAGAGGACGAGCGGGUUUGAAGACAGCGAGUGGGGAAAGCGCUCGCUAGCCGUCGGCCAUUAGAUAAAGCUGGGUUCGUGGACAGAAGAAAGCAGACAACAGGAUCUGGACACGUUUACACGGAUCUAUGAGACUGUUCUCAGGUGAGAGAUGGAUAUGAGAGAGGUGUAUGUGGUGGCCGGCAGCUUCGUGGGGUUUCAGCUGUUCUUCUCGUGCGUCAGUCCGGUUCUGUCUUCCAAAUUCACACAGGGAUACGGGAAACUUCCUCCAAACAAACUCAACGACUGGAACUCCAGGCUUGUGUCCACAGUCCAUGCGUUAAUUGUGGGGCUGUUCUGCGUCUAUAUCCUCUGGUACGACGAUGCCGUCAAUGAAGACCCGGUCUGGGGUGAUCCCAACUUGGUAAAGCUCAAUGUGGCCAUCACCUGUGGAUACCUGUUCUAUGACCUGGUGCUUCUAGCUUGUAACUGGAGGACCAUGGGAGACGUGUAUUUUGUCUGUCACCACUUGGCGGCGCUGUAUGCUUAUGGAUUCCUGCUGACUCGUGGAGUGCUUCCUUAUUUUGCAAACUUCCGACUGAUUUCAGAACUGUCAACACCAUUUGUGAAUCAAAGGUGGUUUUUCGAAGCGUUAGCUUACCCUCGUACUCACCCGCUGGUUGUCGGCAACGGCGUCACAAUGGCGGUCGUCUUCUUCCUGGUGCGGAUCGCCGUGAUGCCUCCCUACUGGGCCAAAGUGUUCGCCACCUUCGGCACGCCAACGUUCGAAAGCCUCGGUCUGGCAGUUCAGGUGGCCUGGAUCGUGUCCUGCGUUUGCUUGGAUAUCCUAAACACAAUCUGGAUGUACAAAAUCGCCCGCGGCUGCUACAAGGUCAUCACUGGCAAGCUAAGAGGAGCCAGAGUGGACUCCAAAAAGACCAAUUACACCAACAACCACACAGACUGAGACUCAUCCGCCAUGAUCACAGAUUAGAUUAGACCUGAAUAUAGCAACUUCUGAGUCUUUAUUUUGCGCUCUGGAUGAAUGUGAUGGAUGAAACAAUGUCUCGAGGUUGAGAGGAGAGGGUUUCAUCAUCCCAGUGAGAUUGUUUUUUUUGUUUUUUUUAACCUCUGCUUCAUGUACAGACACUCUGACUUCACCUACGCCGGUGAAAGCCGAGCCGAUAAACUAACCUGUUAUGCCUCAAACACAACCAAAGUGCCUCCAAGCACAAGGAGAAGCAAUAGAACAUGAACGUGUGAGCUUGUGACCACGAAAGGUCCCAUCAGAUCUCCGUCGAAGCCUUAGCCAGUCAGUACCCAUCCGUGUUUUUUGCUUCGGGAGCCGUGUUCCCUGUGAUAUCUACACUGAUGUGCCUCGGUGAACUCCACGUUUGAACAUCCGCAGCUUGUUGGUUGCUCUUUUGGUCGGAAGUGCUCAUCAGCUCCGCUCAAUCUCACGUCGUUGUCAGUCUGACCGGUUGCAAGUCUCUUGGAAACCUCAGAUCUACCUCUCACAACGCGUCGAGCGCAAGGACGGACGAGCGCCGUAUGGACUCGAGGAACACUCACAGCCUUCGCUUUAAUAGUCCAGACUUCUAGAACUCAUGCAUGUCCAGGAAGCAUUUUCCAAGUGGAAAUCGAGUGAAAGGUGGAUUCCUUUAGCAAAUACCUGUGUGCAUGCUUCAUUUCUGACCAUGUGAGGUCACAUUUUUGUGGUAUAUUUGCGGAAACUGUAGUGCUUUAUCCAUUUCUAGUCUUUUCUAGAGCCAUUUUCUCCCACACGCUCAAGUUGCAUGACAUGCACCGGGUUUAAACAGUUUUGUUCUCACCAUGCAGAUUAUUUAAACAUUCAACACCUCAAGGCUUGAUGGGAACUGGUGCAACUUCACAUCUCAGUCAUUUUCUUCCUGCCAAAUUCAUAUUUUUGGGGUUUUUCUCAGCAUGUUGGUCACCAGAGCUUCCAGUUUGGCGUUUAGGAUUUAGUCAUGACUCUUUAGUCAUGACUCUUGAAUGUGAGUUUCGGCUGGGCAUGUCAACCCAUGUUGAGUUGCGCUAUGGCAUUACGAGACAGUAUAUAUGUGUAAAAAAAAAACAUGCAGUACUUAUUCCUGCCAAGUAUUUGACAAGACUAAAUCCCUCUGUAGUCAGAGUUAGUGUUUCUCUUCUGGAGUUCAGGUGCACUUUUAAAAUGAAUGUUAUUUUGAAUGACAUUGGGAGAGGAUUGUGGGAAAUGUAGUAUUUUGCCUUAUAUCCAUGAUUCGAAAUAACCAAAAUCAUCCUCCAGGCCUUGAUCAUGUGAAGCUGUGACCAUAGAAAUAUAUUCGGGUGAUGUUUUGAAGAACAAAAAUGGCCAUUUGGUCAUGUAAUUAUUAUUAUAUGUAUCUAGAAUGUCUGGAAUGAGCUGCAAUCUUCGUGUUUAUGGAAAUGCAAAGGAGGUUCGGCUUUAUGAUACGUCAUCCACACAACCGUUGCACAAUCAAAAUGCCAUUUGUGACAUUGACAUUAUAGUAUUUGUCAUUUUGAGGGCUGAUUGAAAUUCAAUAGGAUGUUCAUCUACUGGAAAAACUGAUUGGCGAUACUCAAAAUAAUAAAUUUAUUGGCAAAAAAGGUUCAAUAUUCACAAAAACUGACAUUUCUCUACAGUUAUUGAUUGUUUUCUGUAGUAUUUGUCACGCAUAUCUGCUUAUUGCUAUGUAAGUUACAACAUUUGAGUAUAUGAAUUAAUAUAAUAAGGAUAGAUAGGAUUGUACUAGUGUAAAGCAGCUAUGGAGUUAUCACAAAACUAAAGCUUAAACUCCUAUGUCAUUGUGAAUUCAAGAGUGGGGGGAUGUGAAAAAAGGCUAUAUCCAGGAUAAACCUAGUUGAUGGGAUGCCCCAUAUCAAACGUCCCAUUGGAUUUUAUUGGUACAUUGUUUACAAAGAUCUUUGUGCUAAUCUGUGCCGCACUUGCCUGCUCUCGUUUGGAUCAAUUCCUCCCGUAGAGCAGAUACACCAAGAAUAAAACCAAGACAAAAGUGUUUUUCAUGAUCCCAAA